UGAAAGUAAACGACGGCCUGCGUCGACGAGGCCCGCGAGGCCAAGAUCGGGCUGCGUGUACCACCGCCGCCGCCGGGAUGCCGGUCUCCCUGAGGAACCACAGGAUCACGUAAAGGGUAGCAGGCGGUCGGGCCGCGUAGAGCCCUUCGAUCGCGCGCACGCACGGCCGCGCAACGGCGAAGGGAACGCGACCGAGAUCCCCCGGCUGCUGAAGCUACUACCUGCUACAACUCGGGAAGCUCUCGCGGAACGCAACACCGUCUUCGUCGUCGCGAGCGAGCGACCGAUGCACCAGGAGCCCAAAGGAUGGAGGCCAGCGAGUGGGAUCACGCGACCUUGAGGGAGGAGGAAUUCGAACAGCAUGCCGUAUAUUUGGUACCGGAUGUGGCAGCAUCGCCGGGCGAUACCAAUCGUGCGGAGGCGUCCUUGCCGCGGAACCUGGUCCUCAAAGCCUCUCAGGCCCUCAACGAUGUGUUGGGUGUGUGGAGCACCAGUUACAUCCCCAAGGGAACACGCUUCGGUCCUCUGGUCGGCCAGGUGUACACGAAGGAUUCGGUGCCGGCGGACGCGAACCGGAAGUACUUCUGGCGGGUGUAUAAGAACAACGAGCUGUUCUACUACAUCGACGGUUAUGACGUCCAGAAAUCGAAUUGGAUGCGUUACGUGAAUCCCGCCUACUCGUCCGAAUCGCAAAACCUAAUAGCAUGCCAGUAUAAGAUGAACAUUUAUUUUUACACGAUCAAGCCGAUACUACCAAAUCAAGAGUUGCUGGUUUGGUACUGCAGGGAGUUUGCGGAAAGGCUCAAUUAUCCGCUCACCGGCGAGCUGAUGCUUCAGAGAAUACGACAACAAGUACAACAAUCGGCGCUACCAACGGAAAUCCCGCCUACCGUCGACGUGGUGUCGCCGCUUAAGGACUCGUCGAUCUACGAGAGGCGCUCGCAGAUGACGCCGACCGACGGUUCCGUCAGGUCGGACGAGGGUUACCACUCGAACGGCUACCACGACGAGAUCCUUACGCCGCCCGAGGAGAGUAGCGAGUCCGACUCCGAGAACAACUACGUGCUGGACUUCAGCAAGAACGCCAAGUCCUCGGUGUGCAGCGACGAGAUCCUUAAGCAGGACAACGCCGCGGUGAAGAAUGAGUACAGGAAGGUGAAGAUCAAGAUCUCCAAGACCUAUGGCAACUUCCAGACGGCGAAGAGCUUGGACGGCCCGGCGAAGGACAAGGAGCAGGAGCUCUCCAGCCGGGCGGUUAGCCCGGAACUCCACAAGCCGAUGUCGCCGGUCAUCCUCCAGAAAAGCGCCAUAUUGUCGACCGUGAGCGAGGACGAGGUCGUUCCUUCCGAGAAGAACGCCAAGCCCUUCUACGAGCCGGAGGUGAAGGGUGGCCUGCCGAUGUCCGGCAGACCCGCCUACCUCACCAGCCCGAGCAGCUCCAUCCUGGAGAACAUUCUCCUGCGCAACAGCACCGACAACAACAACAACAACAGCCACAACCACCAUCACCACCAUCACCAUCAUCACAACAACAACAACAACAACAAUCACCACCACCACCAGCAUCAUCAGCACAACGGUGGUUCGCAGCAGCAGCAACAGCAGCAGCAGCAGCAACAGCAGCAGCAGCAGCAGCAGCAUCAUCAGCACCACCAAAUGCACCAUCAGACCCACGUGGACUCGGUGACGCCGCCGCCCUCCAGCCCAACCGAGAUGGCGUACUCCUACAAGAAGUCCCACCGUUACGGCAACAUCCUACCUUGCAGUCCGGACUCCAGCUCGAAUCUACCCAUGCAAACCGACUCGUGCGUCAACUCGACCAGCGGCAACGGUGCGCCGCCUAUGCAGAGUCCCACCAGCAAUCUGCACUCCAGCACGGGCGGGCUGCACUCGAGCACCGGCUCGGCGAGCGCCGUUCUACCACCGCAUCCCGGUAGUCUGCACUCGUCCAGCAACCCUGGUAGCGGCGGUGGCAGCGGGGCCGCCGCCGGCGGCGGAGGUAACGGCGGCGGUAUUCACUCCAGCAGCAGCGUGCUAUCGUCCAGCACGAUACUGACGUCCACCAGCGGCAACCCGCACUCCUCCACGACGACGAGCGGCUGCCCGCCCAAGCGGAAGACCAAGUCGCCGUCGCCGUCGAGCCAGAAUGGCGUGUCCACCCCGACGAUCCUCUACUCCAGCUCGGGUAACUGCCAGAUCGAGGCCAGCCCGGUCUACUCGAACUCCGCGGCCGGCGGCGCUACCGGCGGAGCCGGUAACAAUCAGAGCGUCUCGCCGAUCUCGCCGAUCCAGUCACCCUCGUCCUACAGUCCGUACAGUCUCUACGGUCACCAAAACGGCUCGCUCCACCACAACGUCGCGCCCUUGUCCAUCAACUGCACCGCCUACUCGCCCACGCCGAGCGGUAACGUGGUCUACGAGAGGUCAGACGGCAGGAGGUUGGAGGCGGCCAGCAGCAGCCACCAAUUGCCCACUUCGUCGACCAUGCAGAUGGACGGCAACCAGGCGUUGAUCGCCGGCACGCACAAUCUCCACUUAGGCCACCAUCCAGGCCUCACCAUCCACGCCAACUCGUCGUCCCUCAACAGAUACUCGCCGGCGAGCUCGUUGUCGCCGGAUGACCACGGCUGUUCCCAGAGCGGCUCGCUGAGCCCGAACUCGCAGGGCUCGAGGGGCUACAGGUCGUUGCCUUACCCGCUCAAGAAAAAGGACGGCAAGAUGCACUACGAGUGCAACGUGUGCUGCAAGACCUUCGGCCAGCUGUCGAACCUCAAGGUGCACCUCAGGACGCACUCCGGCGAGAGGCCCUUCAAGUGUAACGUCUGCACCAAGAGCUUCACGCAGCUCGCGCACCUCCAGAAGCAUCAUCUCGUGCAUACCGGUGAAAAGCCGCAUCAGUGCGAGAUAUGCAAGAAGAGGUUCAGCUCAACCUCGAAUCUCAAGACUCACCUUAGACUGCACUCCGGUCAAAAGCCGUACGCCUGCGACCUCUGUCCCGCGAAGUUCACCCAGUUUGUCCAUUUGAAGCUGCACAAGAGGCUGCACACGAACGAGCGGCCCUACACCUGCCAGGGCUGCGACAAGAAGUACAUUAGUGCGAGCGGCCUUAGAACCCACUGGAAGACUACGAGCUGCAGGCCGAACAAUAUCGAGGACGAGCUCGCGCUCGCAGCCGCGGCCGUGGGCUCGCCGACGUAUUAUGAGUACGGUCCUGACAUGAAUGUCGGAAAUAUGCCGAAAGAAUGCGAGCUGGAGCACAUCGAUAAUUACGACAGGCACGGAUCGGCGCACGGUCCGCACUCCACGUCUCUCCACAACCUGGAAAACUCCGUAGGUCGGCCGAGCGUCAUAGAGACGUCCCAGCCGCACAUUAUCGAGUGUACAUAAGCCGCACACGGGGUAUGAGCCCCUUCGCUCCGGCGCGAGAGACGCGGCCGUGGAAAUAUAAACGAGUUGCUCUGCGACUGACGAGAUAAGGUAACACAGAAGAAGGGAGAACGAGCUCCCUUCUCCCCUCUCCCGGUUCCCCCGUCCCUCUGGAAUGGCAGGAAAGAACAGAACUUUCGCGAAGACGACGGCUGUCGAGUGAGAGGAGGUCUCCCGUCAACGAAUCGUCCUCCCCCGAUUCCGAUGAGAAUCUACAGAUUUCGUGGGAAGGAAUGGAAACGAUAUCUCGACGAAGGCCUCGCGAGGACGAAAACACCGCGAAGUUGUUGCUCGAACUGAUCAUUAUCGCUCACGAUUAUUUCCGUUUUCGCUCCACGAAAGCCAGAAUCUUCCCGAUGAAAGACUCGACGGGAGGGUGAUUCGUUGCGAGGGAUCGUCCGGAACGGGAUGAAGACGCGAAAGGUGGAUAAGAGGUACCGCGGAUAAGAUACAGCAGAAAUGAUCGUCGCCGGUCGCGCGACGCACAGUUCGACCGAUCGCUCCGAAACAAUCAGUUCGGCCCGAAGCGAUCUCAGUUUUUAGCCAGCACUUCGAACUUUGUUGCUUUAUCGCCGAGGGAGUGCCGAGAGAGAGAGAGAUAGAGAGAGUGCGCGACGUUGAGAGAGGAAAAUAGAGAGAGAGAGAGAGAGAGAGAGAGAGAUGAAAAGCAGAAAAAAAAGAAACCAAAAAAAGGAACGCAGAAGAAGAAGAAACGAAUGAAUUUUGCCGCGGCGAAUCGACGAGGUUCUGUCCUAGUAGAGGCGCAUAAAGUUCCUUCCUUGUAAAUACUUGUUUCUAUAUUUUUUCUAUCGUAGCGUUAUAUCAACGAAGAGAGAGGGGGAGCUUCCUCCCCCGGAGAAUAAUCAGGCUUAAUCGCUCGACCGAGUGUUCCCAGGUCCUGCCGUUUCAGAGACAGAGAGAGAGAGAAAGACAGAGAGA